UUAUCAUGUAUUUAUCAUAGAAUCCUGCAAAUUAAAUUGUGAUAAUGAACAUAAAUCAAACACAUCGUUCUAUUCCGGUUAUGUCUGUUCCAACGACAAACUUAUCGUUUUAUGAAGGAUAUUCGACCACAAGAGAAAACUUACUCAAGCAUUUUAAUGCAGGCUUGACACUUGCAAGUUUAUCCAGACACCCUUCAUUUUCUCUAUCACAAAACAAAGUGUCGGGACCUUUCGGGGAACCCCAUUUAUCAAACCUCCAACCUCAGAGCGGAACACCAGUUUCUGUAAGCUCUUCGACAUUGCUAUCUAGUCGUCUCAAUGGAAUUUCACCAUUUGCCUCAUUAGCAUGGUCAAAUGGAGUAAGCAACAGCAGGAAACGACCGUAUCUAUCGACUGGAGUUUCAGCAUUUCCAAGCGACGGCAGUUCGCCUAAAAAGCGGCCAACUAUAAGAGCAGGGAUAUGUGCUACCGGUACAAAAAGAUCACGAAGAGGUAUUUUCAAGAAAGCAUGGUGCCCAAUCAUUCUAGGAAAGCAAAUAUCUACAGCCAAAAAUUCGAACGUUCUUUCUCGGGAGGGAUGUCGAAAUUUUAGAAGACUAACAGUUUCUAAAACAGAAUUUCCGGACCAAAGCAUAUUACGUCUACAGUGUCUAAUUAGGAAGUCACUGAAAAAGCACGGAAUCUGUGUACUGAACCGUUUCAACGGUUUAAACUUUGGUUCAAGUAUCGAAAAUGAAGUAAAAGAACUUCAUAAUAGUCGAUUUUGUCAUCGAGGCCAGUCUAUGGGUGGGCAGGACACCGGUAAGCAAGUUCGACAGGACUUAGUAACAUGGAUUGACGGAUCAGAACCUGCUUAUCCACAACUGAGCUCACUUUGCGCAAAAUUAGAUCAAAUCGUAGGAACUGGAGAAGGGAUUACUCAAGAAUACGAUAUUUGCGGAGGCACUAAGGCGAUGAUAGCUCGUUAUGCGGGAAAUGGAGCGGGAUACCAAUUGCAUGUUGACAAUCCCUCGAAAGAUGGUAGAUGUUUAACAUGUAUAUAUUACCUGAACAAAAAUUGGAACACCGAGACGAUGGGAGGAAGCUUGAGAUUGUAUUCAAGGACAAGCCGUAAAAUUGCCAAUAUUGAACCGUUUUUCGACCGAAUUGUGUUUUUUUAUUCCGACGAACGGAACCCUCAUGAAGUAUUGCCAGCAUUUGAAGAUAGAUAUGCGGUUACAUUAUGGUAUUUCGAUCGAAAAGAGCGGGCAAAAGCAAUUAAGCGGAUGGUUGAGCAAGCCGGAAUCUAAACCUGAAAAUGACAAAAUGUGUUAAAUGUUUUAUAUGUAUUUUGCGAUAACUAUUUUUCGCAUGAUUGCCAUAGAAAAGCAUUUUCGACUAUUGACGAUUCAAUGAUAUAUAUUAUAUAUAUUGUCUCUUUCUUGUGACCAGUGUUAUUUUUUUAUUAGUCAAAACUUUUUUGUUAUAUUUAUUGUAUGUUCAUUAAAUUGUAUAUAUAUUAGUCAUUUAUGUCAUAUUUGUCGGUUUUCUUACUGCUGAAGCUUAGUAAUGGGAUUUCAAUUUAUGCCCGGGGAUUGGGAAAAUUGAAAGGCAAACGAUAUUUGAGUGUGUGAUGCAAUAUAUGUACCUAUAUUUUCCAUAAUCACUGCCAGUAUAAUUUUACUUAUUCUGUGAUAGUAGAUAUUAUUCCAUUCGUUAUUUCCAAUUUAAUUGCAAUAUAUAGUUGCUUAACCUACAA